UGUAAGUCAAUCAAUCAUAUUGGUUCAUAGAGCGACUAACAAUUGGAGCAGAACAAUGAAGCUAAUCAUCAACGACCUUCUUCUCAAUAUUAUAUGUCCACACCACGAUCUCAAAAUCUGCCACCAUCACUAGUCAGUAAUUCUCACUCUGCCAAAAAUCAUCCUCGUCCUCGUCCCCACCCUCUUGUGCGGUCACCUCCGAACUUCGAGUUGCCUGAUCACUUCGGGAAUACACUCCAUCAGAAUCAGUCAACUACUCCAUAUCAACCUCCACCUGACCCUCGUCCACUUAGUCCUCCUUUGCCAACCCCUGCUGAGUUGGUAGUGAAGGCACAGAAAAAGGCAGUAGAUCCGAAAAUAGAUAGGAAGCCAGAAGUGAAGGCUGAAAAGAAGAAGCAUCAACGGGCUUUACCAAAGAAUGAUGAGUCGGAUUCAGGAGGAAGUGGGAAUGAAGCAUGCCCGAAGAAGAAAGGAGGUCGAACAAAAGGUGCCCUUACUUAUGGAGAUGAAGAAUGUCAAGAGCUUGUUGAACGAGUUGGGGACAUGUUGCCGAUUGGUCAGAAGGGUUGGGAAGCAGUUGUUAGCACAUACAACAAGUGGGCGAGAAAGAUUGUGACUAUUGCGAAGACGAAACCCACUGGUGAUGCUGAGCGUCGCCAGAUGUAUGCUGAAGCACUUAUGGCUGAAGAUAGUCUGAAUGAGAAGGCAGCAAUUGGUGAUGUGCAGGAUGAUGUUGUCGAGAUCUCCUCCAAUGAUGAUGAUGACGACGACAACCCACAGAUGAAAACUGCAAAGGGGACCAAGAAGGAACCUGGAACUGUUCUUACUAAAGCGUACAAAACAGAAGCCCCAUUGCGUCCACAGCCCCGCCGGAAUCAGGCUACUGCUGUACUAGACCGAAUCAGCUCAUCUCUUGAUCCUGAGAUCC